CUAACACUGGGUCACACUGCGCAAGUCAGCGCAGUUCAUGUCUUACGAAGAUAUGAGAUGAGUGUCACUUGGUAGGGGACGAGAAUUAUUUGUAAUAAUGAUAAUUUCACGAGGAUUAAACUUAUUAAAAGUUGCCCAUAGAAGUAAUCAAGUUAAAACCGUCGCCGCGACGAAUCUGCGCUCCGUUAGGCUGUCUCACGGGCAUGGAGUGUAUCGCGAUCUCCCACCAGAAGACAAAGCAUGGGUAUAUGGAGCUGAAGUUAUGGGAGGAAUAAUGUGGUGGUGGGUCUUAUGGCAUUUUUGGCACGACUGGGGCCACAUUGUCGGAGAGUUCCCAUAUGAACAACCAUCCUCGUGGACAGACGAAGAAUUAGGAAUACCUCCAGAUGAUUAUCCUGAGCCUGCAACUCGCAUAUAGAUAAUUUUACAUUCAUGUUACGUGAAGCAAUAGCUGCGCCAGCAGUUGGACCGUAACCUGGAAUGACAUUUAUAACACCUGCUGGAAAGCCUGCCUCCUUAGCUAAAGCGGCCGCAUAAAGCGCGGUCAACGGUGUUUGUUCCGCUGGCUUUAAGAUCAAAGUACAUCCAGUAGCCAAGGCAGGGCCCCAUUUCCAAGCCAACAUCAUGAAAGGAUAAUUCCAAGGAAUGAUUUGUCCUACAAUGCCAAUUGGCUCCUUUCGCGUCAUUGUAAUACUGGCGUCGCCUAGUCAAAUAAUAAAUAGAAUUACUUAUUGUUACUCAAUUUGUAUUAUAUCUGUCACGGUGAAAAAAUAAUAAUUGAUAGAUGAACUUUAAUAAAGUAUAUUAAUUUACUGCAA